AUGCCCGUCCUGCAACGCGCGCUCAGCGAACGUUCAACGGAGACCAAGAAAAUGGCGGCUCAGAUCAUUGGUAACAUGUACUCCCUUACGGACAAAAAGGUAUUAUACACGAGAUGACUGUCAAAACACAAUACCAUAUAAGUUACAUGUGGAAAAAAAAGAAGUUUUUCGGUCCUUGCAGUGACGUGUACAAUUAAGAAAAUUGCGAUCGAACCUGAUCUAAGAAAACAUUUUUAGCUCGGGACUUGGUCAACCCAUUUCUGAAACACAUAAUGUUCUUCUUUUUGUUGUUUGCAGUCUGUAGUAUUUCCAGUUAUUUAUCUUUGAAGUAUUAAUUUAAUCUUGUUUUAGGACCUUGCACCUUAUGUAGGAUCAGUUGUGCCAGGAUUAAAACAGGCCCUGUUGGAUCCAGUACCAGAGGUACAAAAAGAUUUGUUUGUGGAUAUGAUAAUGAUUAUGGUGAUGAUGAUGAUAAUGACGGUCGUGUAUUCUUUUUCAGUCUUACGUUCUUUGAUGGUGGCGAUGAUGACCUGGUCUUUAUUCUGUUUUUAACCAUAUCGCCUAUCGACAGUGCUCCUUUGUGAUGAUUAUGGUAAUGACUAUAAUGAUGGUGUUGGUGGUGAUGAUCGCAAAGACAUUUGUUUAUCAUUUUUUCUUGCAUUGUUGGUAUUACAAUGAUCAUGAUCAUGACCAUGAUGAUAUUGAUCGUGGUGGUGAAGAUGAUGAUGAUGUUGAUGAUAAUGAUGAUAGUUGUGGUGGUGGUGGUAGUGGUGGUGUGGUUUAUGCUGCAAAAAACUUGUUAAUCUCAGUUAUCUGUGUCUCCUGUCGUUUGUGACACUGCCCAAUCUUUUCCUUUGCUUUUUUUUAUCAGGUCCGUGCAGUCUCUUCUCGCGCCCUCGGUGCUUUGGUCCGCGGUAUGGGUGAGGAGAGCUUUGAAGAUUUAUUACCGUGGUUAAUGGAGACGCUGACGUCAGAAAACAGCAGCGUGGAUCGAUCAGGAGCUGCCCAAGGUAUGUACAUGGUAAAGAACUCAUUUUUUUCCUGACAUCGGACAUACUGUUCCGUAGAUUUACCAUCCUCUGUUAUGUGGCGUAAUACGCUUGUGAUGGAUGUAUAUGCUUGGGAAAUAGAAUCACCUCUUUCUUAAAGAACACUUCCAUUAAACGGAAACCUCCGUAAAUCAGAUACCUAGAGUCCCUAUCAAUCUUCAAUCCGUUCUAUUUUGGUUCUUUAAACUCUUUGCAAAGCAGUCCGUUCUCUGAGACGGAAAGGCGAACUUUUGCUGAUGGUACCAACGGUGUCUUCUCUUAGAAAGAGUUGGCUUUUGCCUUAUUUUGCAAAAGGUGACUUCGUGGAUUUUUAUACUAAUGAAAAAGAAAUAGAAACUCAAAACUAUGGCCAUGUUUUUUUCGUAUUUUUAUUGCUAUCUAAAAAAAUGUUAGCAAUGUUGUUUGUCUGUGGUAAAAAGAAAUUGAAAGCACCAACUUUGUGCAGUUAACACAUACGAAGUAAGUCAAAUGAAUCUGUAAUCAGAACCGGAAGUUAAUUCCUGCAGUUUGCGUAAAGCGCUGGAAACGCGUACGAGACAAAUCUCCGUUUAAUUUCUGAUUGGAUGAAAUAAUGGCGCGAAACUUUUUAGCCAAUUGCAACGCGCAGAAACACAAAACUAAAGCAAGUAUAGUUAAUCGAAAGACGUUCACUUACAACUAGAAUAUAUAAAAUCUAACUGGCUUUUGUUUCAUCAGGUCUAGGUGAAGUUCUGUGUGCCCUGGGCACGAGCAGGCUGGAAACGCUUAUGCCAGAAGUGAUUUCUACUACAGAACGUACUGAGCUCGCAUCACAUGUCAGAGAAGGCUAUCUGAUGUUAUAUAUCUACCUGCCCUCAACAUUUAAAGAUGAUUUCAUCCCAUGGGUCGGACCUGUGAUACCCUCUGUGCUUAAGGUGAGACUUAGUUACUCUGUGACAAACUUUGAGUUUUCUGGCGGGUUUUCCGUUUUGUAAUAGCGAGCCUAAGCAACAAAAACGUUGACGUCCCGGACGUCAUGAAUAGCGACGUUCGAUGUGUCACUUAGUGGAACGCUUCUGACUCACACAACGAAUCUGAAUGCCUUUGUUUUAAAGAGAAAAUUUGAACUUCUGGUUGCCAUUUGUGACGCCCGGGACGUCAGCGUUCUCGUUGCCUAAAGGUGAUAUUACACGGAACGAUUCGCAACGACGAUUUUUAGCGCAACACAGCAAUAUAGGAGCAAUGUUGCAACCAUUCGAAACAAUGUUGCAACGUUGCGUUGCGCUAACAAUCGUUGCUGCGAAUCGUUCCGUGUAACAACACCUUAAGGUCUCUACUAUCUGUAGACUUCGAGAAAGCUCUCCGUUUGAUGUGGGGAGCGAAGCGAACGACGAGAGAACUCGCGAGUGAGUAGCAAACCCACGAGAGGCUGUGGCCUCUUUGCCCGCCCCUCGCUCCCAUCUCUUAUUUUGCGUGCUUCUCGUGCGUUAUUUCUUACGAUAUCCCCCAAAAGUAGAGCUUGCUCGAAGGCUAUAAUAUCUUUGAUUCCCCUUAGGUGUACGUUGCAAAGUAAGUGAAUCGUUUAAGGUAAUCUCUGACGAAGACUAUUAAAUCCAUUGUUGUUCCCUGAUUCUUUCUAAUCUUUGUGAAAUUAGCUUAGGGGAGGGGUAGGUGGACAGUUUCCCAGAAACCUAAAUUUUGGAUCAAUUUUGAAAGUCACCUAAAUAAACCCAAACCCCUGUUAUUAGUCUGGACUUCCAUCUAGAGCCUAAAGCGGCCGAUCUAGUAGGGUUGGGGUUAGGCCUUUUAGUCCUAACACGGUCCUUUGCUAGCCUAAUCCUUGCUUGAUCCCAACCCCCUUCAAUGGUGCUUUGGACGUUUAUUGGGAACCUUGAACAGGUCUGGCCAUUUACACAGGUUUACCCUUGGCAAUAACUCCCAUUUGCGUCUAUCACAAUACCUUUAUUUAACAUACCAAGGGGUGGGCGGGUAACAGUGACUUACUUAGGUUCAUAAAGGGCUAAGAGCCACACUCUGCUGAAGCACUUUCUUUACUUACGUCGGACCGCACUGAAAAUACAGUCGACUCUCUCUAAACGGACACUUCUACAAGACAGACACCAAGGUAUAAACGGACACCUUGUGUCGGUCCCUGCCUUUCUUUACUCCUUUUAUUUCACUGCCUGUAAGACGGACAUCAAUCUUAGGUGGACACUUAGAGCAUAGUAGGUGCCUUAGUAACAUUAAUUAAUGACGAGUGUUGUUUAAUCGUUCAUCAACUUUACCUUUGUCUUGUCUCUCAGGGCCUGGCAGAUGAAUCAGAAUACGUUCGAGAUACGUCACUAAAGGCUGGUCAACGCAUCGUGAACCUGUACGCAGACACCGCCAUUGAAUUGUUCCUUCCUCAGUUGGAAACAGGAUUGUUUGAUGAUAACUGGAGAAUACGACACAGCUCUGUUCAACUGUUGGGUGAUCUGCUCUACAGAAUAUCUGGUGUCACAGGGAAGAUGUCAACCGAGGGACAAGAAGAUGAUAACUUUGGAACUAGUCAGUCUAACCAGGUAAUAAAUGAAAAAAGUCGUAAUACGUUUGUUUCAUAAUGAUCUGCUGUAUGCAUAAUAAUCUGCCUUUUCCACGGGCUCUUCCAAGGUUAAGCGAGGGUAAUGGACUUCAAUGCGAGGUACUGGCGCGGAACUCGAGUGGGUGGUGAUGGUAAGGAAAGAUAGAGAAAGGGAAAAGGAGCUUCUCCUAUUCUCCCCUUCCUGUCCCUCCCCUCGCCGUCAUAAAUUUUAUGUAACAUUCCUAGACAGGCGGUCGCCAGAGAUUGGAGACUAGGCAGAUACUCCCCCAAUAUACCAUACCCGGGGUUGAGAAUUAGCUUUGGGUUCAAGAAGUCGCUGCAACCAUAGGAGAACCUAGUACUUGACCCUCACAACGUUUUUCGAUGCAUUAAAGUAAGGGUUUUUCGUUUUUCUUUAUUUUUGAUGCUGUGGAAUUAUUUUCGUGCUCGCACUGCUAGUGAGAAACUCGGAAAAUUGCUUAGCAAGACGCCAUCUUUAAACUGUUGGCGUUCAUAAUGUCGUUAUGCAAAUGGGGUCUCUGGCAUCGUAACAACUUCCACUACUAGAGAAGUUUGUAGUGCUGAGGUUUUUCAUAUUUGUUCUACUCACAGGCCAUUAUUGAAGCACUGGGUACUGACCGUCGUAAUCGUGUACUGGCCGGGCUCUACAUGGGCCGCUCUGAUGUAUCCCUGAUGGUGCGCCAGGCGGCCUUGCACGUGUGGAAGGUUGUGGUCCCUAACACACCGCGUAUCCUGAGAGAAAUCCUGCCAACUCUGUUUUCUCUCCUGCUUGGCUGUCUAGCUAGCACCAGCUUUGAUAAGAGACAAGUAAGGAAUUCUGAUUAGCAGUAUGAUUUGUUAUCACUAGCACCUCUGAGCUGCAAAUAACCAUUGGUGAUUACACAAUGUCGGACUUAAGUCGCCCAAUGUCCGACCAUAACUUAACGGUGGUCGACAUGAUGUCCUGACAAACUUAAUAUCAUAGACUACAAAAAUUCAUAUUAAUAAGAUCUUCCUUGAGCAUACGUGAAUUGCACCAACUAAAUAACAUUACUGCUAAUGCUGUAAAUAUACAGUAGCAGCAAUCAGUGUACCUGCGAAUUCCGCAUCUACUUCGCACCAAGACGCGUAUUGCGUCGUUGGCUGAGUCCGACGUACGAAUUGAGCUUACAACAGUUUCCAACCCAUCUCUUUCCUUUAUAAUUUGAUACAACAAUACUGGCAAUAGAAAUUAAUUCUCUGACUUUGUUCGCAUUCUUUCAGGUUGCAGCUCGAACUCUAGGGGACCUUGUUCGUAAACUGGGCGAGAGAGUUUUGCCAGAGAUUAUCCCAAUACUGGAGCGAGGUCUGGACAGUGAUAAAAGUGAUGAGAGGCAGGGAGUCUGUAUUGGACUCAGUGAAAUUGUCUCCUCGACCAGCAAAGAACAGGUAAACCGUUUUCAAGGCUCAGCUUUUCCUCACUGAUUCGAUUUAGAUUGAUCGAUUUGAGAUGUAAACAUAAUGCUUAUUCAGCCUUCUCCUCACCGUCCCGUUUCUCCUUUUUAUAACCUGUGAUUUUCUUAUUAGUUUGCGCGGCCCCAAACCAGUUUUGCUUGCCUCUGAUCGUCAUGUAUGACGACAUCACACUCUUCCUCAUUUGUGUGUGGCAUUCGUGGGAGGAGAAUGCAUCCUAAUGUUUCCAUGGCUUUUGCAGGCAGGCGAAAUCGAGUUAGUUGAGGCACCGACUGCGACCCCGUUCUCAGGCCCUUUUGCUUUUUCACGAGUUUAUCAGUCAGGAAAAUGGGAAAACUCGCUCAAAUUUACUCCAACUAAAAGGAGAUUAACUACAUCUCACCUUCCAACAUUAGAGCCAUUGUUGAAACCCGCCCUCUCCAGUUACACAAUUAACUCCAGUUCUCUCCCCCCUUCCAUCCCUGACAUUUUUUGGGCUCCCUCCACCAUCCCCGAACUCCGCGAGGUUCUGCGAUACACGUAUUUUUAGUUACUACCAGUAAUAUAUCCUGUCGCUUGUCUACUGUAGGUUGUACAGUAUGUGGAUUCACUAGUUCCCACAGUCCGUAGAGCCCUCAUAGAUCCUUUGCCGGAGGUGCGAGUUGCAGCAGCCAAAACUUUUGAUCAACUCCACAACACGAUUGGGACCAAAGCCUUGGACGAUAUCCUGCCAGAUCUGCUUCAGAAAAUGGUAACCUUUUUCUCGCUUUUUCCACUUUUACCUUGCCCGUUAGUUUAGUGUAUAGAAGCUACGAAAGGUCGUCUUGGGUUAGUUUAAUGAGGUAAUACCUAACAAAUGACACGCCCUGAAGAGGGACAGAAACAUGACGUAAUUACUUGCCAAAUCUUUAAAGGGGUGAGAUUUUUGGAUUGGUAUCGCUUAGGUUUUUUCUUUUACCAAAUUGUACGCCUUGUACGAUUACUGUAUCAAGGUGUCGUAAGUAUUUUACACCGUCCUUAUUGCUUUAAGAGAACUACAUGCACAACUGUCGAACUGGCGAGGGCGGGGUGCUAGGAGGGGGAUGCUGGUUAAUGCUUUAAUAGGCUUGGAGUCGUAAACGGAUUCAUAUUUUUGGUGAUAUUUCAGGAUGACCCGGCCUUGUCUGAGUAUGCGCUGGAUGGCCUGAGACAAGUGAUGGCUGUGAAGAGCAGAGUUGUACUUCCUUUCUUGGUACCCCAGGUAAGUUGCUUUAAAGCAGCAGUUUGAAUUAAGAUAAAUAUACUUAAAAAGAUUCGACUUAUAUUUUUACAUUUCAAAUUUCUUUCCAAUCACUACUUUUCAAGGUUCACUUUUUUCUCAUUUAAAUUUUCACGUGUUAUUAUAGUAUCAUAUUGCACGCUACUCUUUAUUUCAAAUUGUAACGUCUUAUCUUAACCUCUUCGUUAUAUGUAAGACCCUGAAGACCGUGCCUUCCGAAAUAUUAGUAAAAUUAUAUAUAUAUAUUCCGGACUGUAAAAUCAGCCUUGCUUCUUUUGUUUAAUAUUAAAGCUUUGUAAGACUCUGAGGAAGGAAGGCCGUGCGUUCCGAAAUAUUGGUAAAAAAAGAUAUAUAUAUAUAUUCCGGACUGUAAAAUCAGCCUUGCUUCUUUUGUUUUAAAAAGAUGCAUUGUAUGAACUAUAAGAGCAUCUUCAGGUUAUGUUCGUACUAUAGGAGAUAGCUUUUGCGCUGGCACAAAAAACCGUACCGGAUAAAGCUUCUGUUCACACAGACAAAGAAAGGUGAUCUCAGUGCAAUUAAUGUAACGGGGCAAAGUUGCGCUGCGCCGAUCUCCAAAGUGGAGCGUCACUUAUCGGAUAGAUUCUGUGCCUCACUUUGGUGCGGUAUGAACAGGUUUUCGGACCGUAGCGGAAGUGAAUAAUGGAGAGCUUUAGAUUCUGAGACGAGUACGACUACGAGUACGAGAUUUUCUCUGUACUAAGUAGUGCGCGCGCGUGGGCCAGCGUCAUUUUGGCGGGAAAAUGUGGUAGCCUACUUCGAGUUUUGGCGAGAAUGUCGUAGUGGCGGGAACAAGUUUUCAAAUGUAAGAAGUUUUAUCAUUUUGCUAUCGGGAGAGGGCUUAACGUCCUUCUGUUUAAUUAACCGUACUAACUUUUUUGGUGAAAAAAAGGAAAAUGGAAGCUUUUCGGGGUGUCUCCUCUUGAGCACACGCGUAAAAAACUUAAGUUAAAUCUCGUACUCGUAGUCGUUCUUGUCCUCAAAUCUUAAGCUCUCUAAUAAGAAGCGAGGUCUGGAACUAAUUUAAACGAGACUAAAUAUUCAGGAGUGAGGACUGGAAUCUAGGUUCACCAGAUCCUCUCGGCUACCCACUCCGGCACCAUGUGUGAACGACUUGUUCCAGUUUUGUGCCGUUGCUGUUCAUACUGUAGAGCGUUUUCACUCACGUGGCCAGCAUCUAUGCAAAUUAUUGGAACAAAAGAAAGCGUUUGCAUAAGAAAAGAGUUCAACUCCCACAGGAUUGGUUUGGGACACCAACAUGGCCGCCGUUUCAUUGUUUUGGGACACCAAUAUGGCCGCCGUGACCUCAUGUGAAAACACUCUAUAUCAGAGAGCUUUUCGUGUCGGCGCGCAAAGCUUUAUGGCAUAGUGGCGGAAACAUAGCUUUAUACUGAGUAAUCAAAGUAAUUUCAUGUCGGCAUGAUAUGGAAAGCGCCCAUGAAUGGUUAGUUAUCAGCCUGUAAAUGUACCGCUUUCUUCUCAACUCCAUUAAGGUGGUCCAUGUUUCUCUAGAAAUGUUCAUAGAGGUCCGCCCGCAUCACAAUAAGUGUUUUCAGCCACUAGGAAAAAGAAUUGUGCUAGGUGAUGCUGGUAGUUAGUAAACAGAAUUACUCGCAGUUCUCCCGAACAAACUCGUGACGUAGUUUUGUCAAGCGAGUCGACUGAUAUUUCUUGUUGCUUAAGAGUUCCUGUCCGUGGAUAAGUAAGGUCUUAAAAGUCAAUCUUUGUGAAAUAUUAAAGAGGGGUCUGAAAAAUUCUUUCCAAAAAUUCUAAGUUCUUCUCAGUAUUCAGUGACCAGGUUCCAAAAUUCAUGACCCGAAAAUUGUUAGCCUCUCGUCAGUUAAGAUGUUUUGAAGUAUGGUUAAGAUAGCUCGCCGAAUGUGUCUCAUCUUCCAACUGUAGAUCAAAGGAUUAAGAGAUGAGUUGAGAAACAUCAAUGUUAGACCAUAAUUCCACAAGUGGUGGAUUGACAAAGUUUCACCACAGAUCAUAAUGGCAAGGCGAACACAGGAUAUUGGUAAAUAACAAACCAAAAACACGACGUAGACGAAGAAGCUAGUGACAGCACUUUUUCUGAGCCUUGCUGCAUUCGCCAUUUCUUCACUCUGUGCUGCUGUGACUUGCAAGUGGUACAUUUGAUUUGUGUGUCGUCGAACGGCUGUGUAUAUCUUGCAGUAGAGCAAUCCUGUAGUUGUUAUUCCAAUAGUGUUAAAGAUUGAAAAUAUAAUGUAAGGAACCUUCCUAGGAAUCCAGUCCAAAGUUUCGUCAAAUACGGAAAAAGAUGCGCUGAACAGCCAUGUCGAAAUGACCAUAGCAACAACACGCUUGUGAGUCACAAGUUCUUGUUAUCUAAGAUGAAGAUAAAUAGCCAAGAAUCUGUCAACAGUUAAAGAUACAACACCAAAGAACGAUGCACCACAAAGUAAAUUCACGUGAAUGUAGAACGCGAGUGAUACUAUGCUAUAAACACGACUGUGAGUGUUUUGUUCCAUUUCCAUCACGGCAACUGCGAUAUACAGGGGCUGUACAACCAAGCCAAUACAAAGAUCAGAUACAGCCAGGCUUCGAAACAAUGUCUUUAAAGGCUUCGACAGCGACGUCGUUUUCCUUAACGCUUGUAUUGUUAUGAUGUUAAACGCGAUGGCGGUAUAAGACAGGAAACCGUUAAAGACACAGUUGACGACAAGAGUAGAGUGCCAACUUUCUGCUUCGGUCAUAGUAAAGAACGUAAACAAAAUAGAACUCCCAAAAACGAUUUUCCAAAACGAGGUAUUGUGGACGCAAACUCUCAAGGUGUAGCUGAAAGCACGGCCAUACUUGGAACUCAAGCGAAUUGAAAUUAUCGUGAACUCGGCCGCUUCCAGAUGUAGUUUCAGAGUUUGUUUAAUGCGGUUGUUCUAAUUAUUGGACCACCUGAGCAGCUCCGACACAACUGUAAAUUAUUGCCCGUAUUGACUAAGUAAUUUCUUUUUUUUUUUCUUUUUUUCUCUUUUCCAAUACAACUUUGAACGUACACACGUACAGUUAACAUUCACGAAAGACAAUCUGCAACAAAACGAAAACUACAACUUGAAGCUGACAAAAAAGAAACCUAACAGAAUAAAAACAUUAGUGGUAACUAAAAUUAAAUGGGAGCGCGAUCAGUUAAGCAAAAAGAAUUUCAUACCGUAUUUAAAAGAGAUGAAACAACAUCCAUUGCGAGACCAUCCAGACCAUUUUGUUCUGAAAUCUUUUUCGCGACCAGUCGUACAAGAAAUAUAUUUUUCUAGACAAUCCAUAGACAAAAGUAUAAAUUUAUAUGGCCUGGAUCGCUUUCCCCUUUAGGGAAGGGAAGCAAAAUUGACUGCGCAAAAAUUAAGACGAAACAAAAAAGAAAACAAAAACACGAAACGUACGAACAAAAACUCCAUGACUUACCUCUGAAUUUGAGCGGGGUUGACUGACCGCGCAUCGAGCUAAUUUGGUUUGUAAAGCACACUACUGGCCCCUAAAAUAUGGCCGUGAAUAAUAACAUAAAAGUUCUGAGCUAAUUUAUACGUCCAUUAAAUCUCCGUAGAGAGGGAAAGCAAUUGUCUCUGGGCCGCGGUAAAGCGACCCAUCUAUAAUUAGCCUUUCUACCUUGAAAAAUGAUGUACCCUUUUCUUGCUUGGCGGCUUUUAGUACUGGGUACAGCUUUUUCCUCAUUUCUUCUACCUCCUUUGGAAAGUAGACCAAGUAAUUUCUAGUUUCUUUUCGUCAUCUCUUUGUUUGAUCUGAAAUGUUAUUUUAUUUAGUUCUACAAAAAAGGGACAAGGCAAUUAUUCUCUCCCCGUGGUAUCUAAGGCAGAUGUUACAAGGUGCAUCACAAAGAUUUGAAUAUAAUUAUACUUGAAUAAACUUGAAAGAGGAAGGCCUGCCCCUGGGUUCUAUUUGCUUCCUAGAGUAGGAGAGAGCUUUUUGAAACCAGACAAAUCUAUGUGUUUCUGGGAAACUAUCCACCUACCCCUCCCCUAAGCCAACAUUAACACUUGCUUCUCACUUAGGGCAAAAUGUUGGCUUAGGGGAGAGGUAGGUGGGUAGACGCAUCGUCCAGUUGAAAAUUUUGUGUUUUUACUGUCGAUAUGAAUAGCGCGGUAGCCAGUAGCGGCAGGUGAUAGAUUGAUGACGCAUCAAAAAAGUGAGGCGACCGGUCGUUUUGCUUAAGAGUCGUUUCACGUCCGUCCUCGACCGUCCUUUGACCGCGACAGGAUUAGCUCAGUCGGUAGAGCGCUUGACUGCAGAGCGGGAGGUCGCGGGUUCGAUUCCCGGGGCCGGACCAAUACUCAGGGUCUUAAAAAUAACUGAGAAAUGAAGGUACUUCCUUUAUUCUUUCCAAAAAUUCUAAGUUCUUCUCAGUAUUCAGUGACCAGGUUCCAAAAUUCAUGACCCGAAAAUUGUUAGCCUCUCGUCAGUUAAGAUGUUUUGAAGUAUGGUUAAGAUAGCUCGCCGAAUGUGUCUCAUCUUCCAACUGUAGAUCAAAGGAUUAAGAGAUGAGUUGAGAAACAUCAAUGUUAGACCAUAAUUCCACAAGUGGUGGAUUGACAAAGUUUCACCACAGAUCAUAAUGGCAAGGCGAACACAGGAUAUUGGUAAAUAACAAACCAAAAACACGACGUAGACGAAGAAGCUAGUGACAGCACUUUUUCUGAGCCUUGCUGCAUUCGCCAUUUCUUCACUCUGUGCUGCUGUGACUUGCAAGUGGUACAUUUGAUUUGUGUGUCGUCGAACGGCUGUGUAUAUCUUGCAGUAGAGCAAUCCUGUAGUUGUUAUUCCAAUAGUGUUAAAGAUUGAAAAUAUAAUGUAAGGAACCUUCCUAGGAAUCCAGUCCAAAGUUUCGUCAAAUACGGAAAAAGAUGCGCUGAACAGCCAUGUCGAAAUGACCAUAGCAACAACACGCUUGUGAGUCACAAGUUCUUGUUAUCUAAGAUGAAGAUAAAUAGCCAAGAAUCUGUCAACAGUUAAAGAUACAACACCAAAGAACGAUGCACCACAAAGUAAAUUCACGUGAAUGUAGAACGCGAGUGAUACUAUGCUAUAAACACGACUGUGAGUGUUUUGUUCCAUUUCCAUCACGGCAACUGCGAUAUACAGGGGCUGUACAACCAAGCCAAUACAAAGAUCAGAUACAGCCAGGCUUCGAAACAAUGUCUUUAAAGGCUUCGACAGCGACGUCGUUUUCCUUAACGCUUGUAUUGUUAUGAUGUUAAACGCGAUGGCGGUAUAAGACAGGAAACCGUUAAAGACACAGUUGACGACAAGAGUAGAGUGCCAACUUUCUGCUUCGGUCAUAGUAAAGAACGUAAACAAAAUAGAACUCCCAAAAACGAUUUUCCAAAACGAGGUAUUGUGGACGCAAACUCUCAAGGUGUAGCUGAAAGCACGGCCAUACUUGGAACUCAAGCGAAUUGAAAUUAUCGUGAACUCGGCCGCUUCCAGAUGUAGUUUCAGAGUUUGUUUAAUGCGGUUGUUCUAAUUAUUGGACCACCUGAGCAGCUCCGACACAACUGUAAAUUAUUGCCCGUAUUGACUAAGUAAUUUCUUUUUUUUUUUCUUUUUUUCUCUUUUCCAAUACAACUUUGAACGUACACACGUACAGUUAACAUUCACGAAAGACAAUCUGCAACAAAACGAAAACUACAACUUGAAGCUGACAAAAAAGAAACCUAACAGAAUAAAAACAUUAGUGGUAACUAAAAUUAAAUGGGAGCGCGAUCAGUUAAGCAAAAAGAAUUUCAUACCGUAUUUAAAAGAGAUGAAACAACAUCCAUUGCGAGACCAUCCAGACCAUUUUGUUCUGAAAUCUUUUUCGCGACCAGUCGUACAAGAAAUAUAUUUUUCUAGACAAUCCAUAGACAAAAGUAUAAAUUUAUAUGGCCUGGAUCGCUUUCCCCUUUAGGGAAGGGAAGCAAAAUUGACUGCGCAAAAAUUAAGACGAAACAAAAAAGAAAACAAAAACACGAAACGUACGAACAAAAACUCCAUGACUUACCUCUGAAUUUGAGCGGGGUUGACUGACCGCGCAUCGAGCUAAUUUGGUUUGUAAAGCACACUACUGGCCCCUAAAAUAUGGCCGUGAAUAAUAACAUAAAAGUUCUGAGCUAAUUUAUACGUCCAUUAAAUCUCCGUAGAGAGGGAAAGCAAUUGUCUCUGGGCCGCGGUAAAGCGACCCAUCUAUAAUUAGCCUUUCUACCUUGAAAAAUGAUGUACCCUUUUCUUGCUUGGCGGCUUUUAGUACUGGGUACAGCUUUUUCCUCAUUUCUUCUACCUCCUUUGGAAAGUAGACCAAGUAAUUUCUAGUUUCUUUUCGUCAUCUCUUUGUUUGAUCUGAAAUGUUAUUUUAUUUAGUUCUACAAAAAAGGGACAAGGCAAUUAUUCUCUCCCCGUGGUAUCUAAGGCAGAUGUUACAAGGUGCAUCACAAAGAUUUGAAUAUAAUUAUACUUGAAUAAACUUGAAAGAGGAAGGCCUGCCCCUGGGUUCUAUUUGCUUCCUAGAGUAGGAGAGAGCUUUUUGAAACCAGACAAAUCUAUACGUUUCUGGGAAACUAUCCACCUACCCCUCCCCUAAGCCAACAUUAACACUUGCUUCUCACUUAGGGCAAAAUGUUGGCUUAGGGGAGAGGUAGGUGGGUAGACGCAUCGUCCAGUUGAAAAUUUUGUGUUUUUACUGUCGAUAUGAAUAGCGCGGUAGCCAGUAGCGGCAGGUGAUAGAUUGAUGACGCAUCAAAAAAGUGAGGCGACCGGUCGUUUUGCUUAAGAGUCGUUUCACGUCCGUCCUCGACCGUCCUUUGACCGCGACAGGAUUAGCUCAGUCGGUAGAGCGCUUGACUGCAGAGCGGGAGGUCGCGGGUUCGAUUCCCGGGGCCGGACCAAUACUCAGGGUCUUAAAAAUAACUGAGAAAUGAAGGUACUUCCUUUGCCCUGCAGGCGGCUGGACCUUCGCGUGGCUCGGAUGACCACGUAAAAUGGCGGUCCCGUCUCCAUUAGGAGACGUAAAAUAUAUGAGGGCCACAAGUUUAUUAGCCUUUGGCUAUUAAGUGCUACCCUCUUUAAAUAAAGGCUAUUUUUUUUUUUUUGUCCUCUUCCCUAACGUCUUAAGUCGUUUCGCUUACGUGUUAGGUGGUUUCGCAAACCUGUUAUAAGUCGUUUGACUAACGGGUUUCACACAUGGUUUACUCAUGGUUUACCGACCGCCACAAACAACAGUUAAUUACGUGUUAUUAAUUUCUUACCUUUUGAUAAUGAUGGCAUGAAGUCAUCGAAACGUUAAAGAGUUUUUCUCUUUGUGUUUUUUUCUCAAAAUGUAUUUUCAAAUAUAUUCUUAUCAGAAGCACAUUAUUGUUAUGAGUUAUAGCCAUUUAAAUUCAUCUUUUGCCUUCCUUAUCCAAGGUAAUAUAUCUAGUAUAUCUAUCUUUCUUUUAGCUUAUAACACCGCCUGUUAACACACGCGCGCUGGCCAUACUGUCUGCAGUCGCUGGUGAUGCUCUGACCCGUCAUUUGAGUAAGAUCCUACCAGCCAUGCUGAAGGCAAUCCAAGGAUGCUUUGGAACUGAACACGAGAAAGAGGUAUGUUAACACGUGCGCACGUGGUCGCGCGUGGCCCAAAUGUACUUGAAUCAAUCACCAAAGAACACGUCCAAGUCUCCUCUAUGAUGUCCAUGCCUUAGGAAGAUCAAAACUGGCCGACAAAUCCGGUAAUUUAAAAAAAAGUAAAAUGAGCUAUUUUCGAGUGUUCUCGCUGAAGACUCAUCACUGUCGCAUACAGCUAUUUCGAGAAAGGUUGUCGGAAAAAUGUGUGCACGACAAUCCCGAAAGGUAAUAUGGGAUAUGAUCACUACACUGUUUCUGACACUGUAGUUGUCGAACCUGCUUUUGUUGCUUUUCUUUAGCACUCGCAAACAUCAUACAUCCAUGGCGUCUCGUGCCAUUCUUUUAGAUUUCUUUGAAGAACAGUGAACUCAAACUACAAACAAUACCUUUCGGGAUUGUCGCGUGCACUUUUUUCGACAACCUUUCUUGAAAUAGCUGUAGACUGAUCUGCAGGCUGGACAGUCCUGAUUGAUUAGUGGUGGAAUUCUGUUUAUGACUGGGCUGGUCUAGCCGGCCAUUUCUGACCAAUGGUAAGCGACUUAAUUGUCACAUUUCGCUCGCGCUAAGUGUGGUAACUAAGCAAGGUUUUUUGGUUGAAAGUCAGCAACCUUUGUAUUCCCUUGAUACAGGUAGCAAUGUUUACGUUUAAGGAAAGAAUGCGAGGUAAACCGACUAAAUUAUCCAUCGAUUUUUAUAAGAACGCUUAUGAUUCUUUAGUGUGUAACUCUAGCAGCCUUGCUUGAAAUUUUCCAAAGCUAGGCACGUUAGCAAAGAUAUCUUUAUCAUAACUGAAUCCGUUACUCAUCAGCUUCUUUGCCAUGAGCUCCCAGCUCCCAUAUGAACUGGCUGCUUCGUACCCACGCGCUUCUUGGGAUUUUCUGCAGAAGUCGCGGCGCAAGGUAUCAUGGUCACACUGAGCCUUCCCUUGUGCCUUUGCGUUUUUGAAACUUUCCCAUGAUCCUUGUGCCGCACCUACCGUUGAAAAUCCUAAGAAGCGCUUGGGUUCGAGGCAGUGGAAAAGGAUGAAAGAACUGAUUUGUGAAGUGUCAUGUUUUGUUGUAGACUGUCCACAGUCUCCUAUCUUUCCGUAACCUCAACGAUCUAACGGAAACAGAGGGGACUGUAAACAGUUUAGUUUUGUUGCUGUUGUACAGGAGCUUGAAGGGGCGUCAAGUCUGGUGCUCUCGGUGCAUGAUGAUGUGGGAAUCAGGACCAUUAUGGACGAGCUGAUGGCAGCGUCUAAAAACCCAGCUCCUGGCAUGCGAAGGGUGAGGAACUUGCUUUCUGUUUUAACGCGACUUUAAAAUUUACGUCAUUUGGUACCCAGACCUCCCACGGUUAGCGUAAGAUAGAGUGGGAUCUGGAUACGAGAUUAAAAUCUCACGACUAUCUAGAAAUGAACAAGUGUAAUAAUAUGGCAAAAGUCGUCACUAUUACAAAAAUAAAACCACGUGAACCUUUAAAACUUUGUAGCACGUAACAGCUAAAAUGAUUUUAUGAAAGCGGAAAUCCUGUGGCUUUGGAAAUUCGGUACAGUCACACCUGCCGCACCGCUUGGAAACUGAAUAGCGAUCUUUCUCGAGCUUAGAAUUCCUUUGGUCAAUGUUCAACAGUGCUUAGGCACUUACCAUGCCAUUAUUCCAUUAAUCUUUCACGUAAGCAGUAUGUCCGCAAUUUCAUCAGUAUACCUAGAAAGAUCUUCGGCAUUCAAUUGACCAAUGAAUUUGAGUCUAAAUAGAUUUCAUUUGUUUUCUCCAGGCUGCAAUCUCCCUCCUGCAUUCCUUCUGCGAGGAGACUAAGGUGGACUAUUCCCAGUUCAUCCCGGCCCUGUUUCGUGGUAUUAUUCACCUCAUGAAUGACACUGAUGACCUGGUGGUUGAUAUGAGUUGGAAUGCUUUAAAUGCGGUGACCAAGGUAAACAAAUACAAUCAUGGUUCUGUGUUAUUUACCUUCCCUUGAUAAUAAUUUAUUUUGGUAUUCGCAACUUUAAGACACUGGGUAGAGUUUCUAUUUGCAAAGACUUCUGGAACUGUUACUGGGAACAGGGGAAACAAGUUGGCCAACAACUGAAUGACCAAUGACCCCUCUUUUCUGUCCUUAAUACGAAGAAAAAGAACGGCUUGCUGCUUUCGUAAGCGAGACUAACAAAGGUGCUUGUCAAGUUGUUCUCCAACGAAAAGUUAAGCUGGUGGGGGGGGGGAGCUAUCAUAUGACAGGAACGGAGACGCUUGUGGGAAAAUUAGAAUUAAAACCCCUAAAGGAAAACAGUUUGGUUGUGGCUCUUUGUCUCCAAAAGAGACUAUAGUGAUACUAAAAAACAAACAAACAAACAAGUAGCACCAUGUGAAAGAACUGCUGAAGAGGUUUCAAUUGAAUGGUCACACCAUAGGAUUUCAUCCGCAGACUAAAAAGUUAGGACUACAUAGAAAAUAACAGUACCAUGUUAAAGUACUACUGAAGAGGUUUCAUUUGAAUGGUAAAACCAUAGCAUUUCAUCCACAGUCUCAAAAGUUGGAACCACAUACUAAAUAAACAGUACCAAAAAAUUAACAGGUUUUGCUAUGACUCUGUUUCUCUCUGUCUUCUUCGUUUGGUUUCUUGUGUUUCCAUACUGUACACGUCGGCAAAGUUCAAUAUUUAAUUUAGGGACAGCUAAACAGUCUCAUGGUACAAAAAUACCUCGCUGGAGAGCAAACAACACCAUGGCAUCUUGAAAGAUCGGAAAUAAGCUUUUUAAAUGAUGUAAUUGUGUUGUUUUUCUAGCCCCACUGCACCUUAUGCUCUCCAGCAAGGUGUUUUUGGCCCACGUGAUUGUCAUGCCUCAAAGGACUCGUUUAGAUUAGUCCAACCUUAACUCUUGUUGUUUUAUAGCAUUUGGAACCCAGUGAACAGUUGCAAUACAUCAGUCACCUGCGCCAGGCUGUCAAGUUUGUCGCUGAUGACGUCAAAGAUGGGGAUCUGCCAGGAUUCUGUCUUCCCAAAAAGGUGUGUUCCCAAGAGAGAUCGAUUUACAAAUUCUUAUGGAUCAUUAUACGUUUCUGGGAAACUGCCCACCUACCCCUCCCCUAAGCCAACAUUAACACUUCUCACUUAGGGGAGGGGUAGGUGGGGGAUGUUUCCCAGAAACGUAUAAUGAUCCAUUCUUAUUUAAGGGAUGCACACGAGAUUGCACGUAAUUCUAGUAAGGGAUAUCAAAUUUUCAAUUCUGUCGCUAAACAGCGAUACAUUUGAAUCGUUAGUAUUUUUUUUCCUUUGUUCAGUUAUCCUUUCGCCACAUAGCAUAAUUUAAAUUUCAAAGCCUGAGUAAACAGACGACAUUUCGGGACACUACUACCGGUUUUCCCUGCAAAAUGACCUAUGAGGAACGAACUCAGAAAUUCCGUACUGAUGACGUGUCACUGGGUAGUGCUUCCUAUUGCCUGAAAAUUUGCGUCAUCCAAUCGGAAGCACUACCCAGAUUUAGGUGGUGACGCCUCAUCGGUAUGGAAUUUCUGCGCUCGUUCCUCAGAGGGCAUUUUGUGGGUGAUGAUGUCGCGAAAUAUCGGCUGUUUUCUCUGGCUAGCAAUUUCUAGAAAGCUAAAAAAUAAUGAUCGUAAAUCCUUUGUGAAUUGUCGCAAGAACAAAUUCGAUUGUAUAGCGUUGCUGUUUGUUAUGAUUUCUGAUUUUAUUACCAGGGUAUUGCACCAAUUCUACCAAUCUUCCGUGAAGGUAUUCUGAAUGGCACUCCUGAGGUGAAGGAGCAAGCUGCUAAUGGGCUGGGAGAGGUUAUAAGUUUGACGAGCGCAGCAGCUCUAAGGCCCUUUGUGGUGAACAUCACAGGGCCCCUGAUUCGUAUCCUUGGAGACAGAUUCUCGUGGAAUGUCAAAGUGGCUGUGCUUCAGACUUUAGGGCUCUUGUUAGGCAAGGUAUGGACUGUUGAAUCUUACUUUUCUGCAGCGCUUUAGAUUAUUAUAACUUUUAUUGUAUAAAAAUCGAAUUGACUCAGCUGAUACAAAAGAGGAACGUCUUAUGCAUACUCAUGGCCAGAUACAAAUGUUUUGUGCAAUGCUACUCUUCUAGCUCACUCGGCUACUAGCAUAACCCAUAGCCGCGCGAUUGAAAGCUUUUGAAAAGAGAGGUUGUCGAUAGUUCCAUUCAAUGUCCAGUGUAAUAAUAUUUCACUUCUCAUUUGGUUUGCUUUUUUUGGUCACUUUUGUGUUUACGGCUCUAGGGCGUGGUCACUAUUCUAGCAACUGCCCAAGAGAGUAGUUUAAUAUUGCAUAGCAUUAGGAUGUAGGUCUGCAAUGGGUCCACAAGGUAAUUAAACAACAGUGUAAACUCGUUAUGGGUAACGGCAUUUUGGCGUGAAAAAACAAAUUCUUUGGCUGUAUUUUGCUCUCUUCUUCCUUAAUUAGUUGGAGCAAAGUGCAUCUUUUGUGGCCUGUGUGAUAUUCGUGUUCCAUGUUUCAGGUUGGCGCCAUGUUGAAGCCAUUCCUUCCUCAACUGCAAACCACCUUCAUCAAGGCACUGAACGAUCCUACCCGCGCAGUGCGCAUGUGCGCUGCCAAGGCCCUGCAGAAGCUCAUCAAGCUUCACACCCGUGUGGAUCCACUGUUUACGGAACUACACAAUGGGGUCAAGAACACAGAGGACAACACUAUUAGGUACAACAUAUACUCAUAG